AAGAAAGAAAAACAUACUCAAGUUACUCUGGUAAACAAAUUAAGAGGAAGAGUUAUGACACAUCUAUAGAUGAGAGUUCUGACUUAAAUGAUAGUGACUGUGAUGAGGAUGACUUUAAUGAAAAAAAUGAUCUCCAGUCCAGUUCGCAUAAUAUGUAUCAAGAUUUAUCUCGGGAACCAGACUCAGGUGAUGAAUGUAGCAGCCAGAAUAUGCAUGGCAGGCGCAUAGAUGACACAGCAUCUAAUUCUAAUAACGAACAAGAAGAAUCAGAAACAAAUGGAAUAAGGUACAACAGUUCUUAUCAGUGCAUUAAACGACAAAAAUUUCAUAGAGCAGACAAAAGUAAUGAAGGCUCUACUGGUGAAAUUAAAAUUUAUGAGAAUAAAAAGGAGUCCUGGAAUGGACAAGACAAAGCCCAACAGAUGAUGCAAAAGAUGGGAUACAAAGAAGGUCAUGGUCUUGGUAAACACAAACAAGGUAGAUUAGAACCUGUAGAAGCAGCCAAACAACUUGGUCGUAGAGGUCUUGGACAUCACAUACCUGGGCUUGAGGAUUCCAGUCGCAAAUGGGACUCUAUAGAAGAAGAGGUAAAGGUUGUAGAACCUAUGGAGUGGCUAAAAAAUCUCCAUCAUGACUUACCAACUUUUGACGAACUGACAGACUGGUUACAGAAGGGUCCCAAAAAACUUAUUAUAGAUGAUGAAACUCAUUUCUGCGAUGAAGAUAUAGUUACAAAUGUUGUUAAUUCUAAGUCUGUAUUUGAUAAUUUGGACAGUAUUGAAAUGCGCAAUGCAAGAAGACGUUGUAAUCCGUAUGAAACUAUUUAUGGUGCAUUUUUCUUAAAUCGAGCAGCUGUUAAAAUGGCAAACAUCGAUAGAGCAUGUAACUUUAUGUUUACCAAACCAAACGGUUUACAGAAUAACGAGUUGCUGUAUUUUGCUGAUGUAUGCGCUGGACCAGGUGGUUUUAGCGAAUACGUCCUAUGGAGGAAAAAGUGGCGCGCCAAGGGGUUUGGUUUUACUUUGAAAAACGAAAAUGAUUUUAAGUUAGACGAUUUUUACGUAGGUCCCUGUGAAACAUUUCAUCCAUAUUAUGGACCAAAGGACAAUGGUGAUGUUUUUGAUUCUGAUAACCAAAAAGCUUUCAGGGACCUCAUAAUGACACAUACCAACCGUAAGGGCGUACACUUUAUGAUGGCUGAUGGAGGUUUCUCAGUGAAUGGUCAAGAUAAUUUGCAGGAGAUUUUGUUGAAACGGUUGUACCUCUGCCAAUGCUUAGUGGCACUGAUGAUUGUACGAGAGAAGGGCCAUUUUGUCACAAAACUAUUUGACCUUUUUACACCCUUUAGUGCAGGAUUAGUUUACUUAAUGUAUCGUUGCUUCGACGAAGUUAGCAUUUUUAAACCAAACUCCUCCAGGCCAGCAAAUUCGGAACGAUAUUUAAUAUGUAAAACCAAAAGGCCAGGCACAGAACAUAUUGCGCAACACCUCGAACAUAUUAAUCACAUACUCUCAAAAAAUGAAGAUAAUAAUGACGUUCUACAAUUAGUAUCGUUCGAAGCAUUAGAAAGAGAACAAUCGUUUGUACAGUAUUUGCGACAAUCGAACAAUUAUUUAGGAAGGAAACAGAUAACAGGCCUCCGGAAAAUUGCUGCGUUUUGCGAGGACACUAAUCUUGUUGAAUCAAGGCAAGCCGAUAUACGUAAGGAAUGCCUUAAAUAUUGGGGACUUCCAGAUUUAAGAAGAACAAUACCUAAACAGAUGAAACCCCAGGAAAAAUUGAUGAGUCUUUUUGCGGAAUAUACUGGAUUCCUUUCUAAGAGUCCAGUAAAAUUGACAAAAGACAAUGUAGAAGGUAAAAUACUGAACCAACCACUGAAUUGGUAUUGUGUACCUUGUGGUACUGGGCCCGAUAGAGACGAGAAAAAAACAGCUACCUUUUACUUGGGUAUGGGAAGGAGCAAAAUAUAUCGUUAUGUGAAAGGUAGUUGGGCAAAGGUUGAUGAUAUCAAAAUAGAAUUGCCACCAGAUACACUUUUAUAUGGUGAGACAGUCUAUGAGAUGACAAGGGAGAAUAAAUACCAGCGCAAAUUACAGGCAUUACAUAUUAUUGAUGCUUUCUUUCUGGGUACUGAAGACAUCAGUAGAAAAAGUUUGAAAGAUAGGCAUGAACUUGCAAAGAAAUUUUGUGAAGCUCUGUGGAAGCCAGAUGGGAGCAAUUACGAUCGUAUACGCACGAAAGAUUUGUUUCCUUUACUUCCAAAACCCCUCGAAAAACUAUGUGUAAAGGAACGUUUAAUGAAAAAUAAUCAGCCAGCUUUAGUGUACGAAUUCACAAAAACCUAUUUAGACAGUAUUAAUGAUAAAUCGUACUUUAUACCAAACAGUGUACUGUUCUUAAAAAGCAUCGCUUCUCCUUGGACUCGAAACUUCAGUAGAACACAUUCCAGACUGUACUAUUAUAAUAAUGACACACGCGCUAGUCUAUUCGAGUCACAGAAGCCAGAUAAAGCUAAUGCAAGCUUUAUUGAAACAUUUAGUGAUAUGGUUAUUUGGUAUUGGCCUAGGGAUGAUUUGAUUUCCGUUGAAGAUCUUAUACGCUGUUCCAGUAAAAAGUGCCCCCAAUCUUCUAAUCCUGACUUAACCUAUUAAAUGAUAUAUAGUAAUAUACAUACAAGUCCCCGUAAAUAUACAUAUACAUAGUAAUGUACGUAACGAUUGAUAUAGUUGUAAUAAAAACAUUGAUCAUAUUACAGGCAG